AAGAUGUCUACCGUCCGCAGAUCAACAGCACAUAUUUCAGAAGCGUGGUGUUCCACACGUAAUAUUUUAUACGAAGGAUUAAAAUGGCAUAUAAUCUCAAAGUGACGGUAGUUGGUGAUGGGGCAGUCGGUAAAAGCUGUUUACUCAUAUCUUACACUACAGGAUCAUUUCCAGCAGAGUAUGUGCCAACAGUGUUUGAUAAUUACUGUGCCAAUGUCACAGUAGAUGGUAAACCAUAUAAUAUUGCAUUCUUUGAUACUGCAGGACAGGAAGACUACGACAGAUUGCGCCCUCUAAGUUAUCCUGGUACAGAUGUGUUUUUACUUUGUUUUUCACUGGCAAGUCGAGCCUCAUUGGAGAAUGUCACAGAGAAAUGGUGGCCAGAAAUUCAGCACCAUAUGCCGAAGACACCGGUAGUAUUGGUUGGAAAUAAAGUUGAUUUAAGAUCUAGUAGUUCAACAUCUGUUAUAACCUAUGAUGAAGGGAGGAUAUUGGCAAAAUCUCUUAGAAUACCUUACGUUGAAACCAGUGCACUUACCCAGUUUGGGGUCAACGAACUUUUCAACAAAGCAGUCCAACAUGUGAAUUUGUCAUUGAGUAGCAAGAAACCAUUCAAGAAAGGAUUUGGAUUGUUUGGAUUCAAUAGAAAAAACAGUAAAGAUGAUAUUCCCCAGCCACCUUAUAUGCCACCUGCUGGAAAAGCUCCCUGGAUUGAAAUAGAAACAUCCAUGUUUGCUGAGCAUAUGUAUAAGUUAUUGGAGAACCCGAUCUAUUCAGAUGUGACAUUUAUUGUGGAAGACGAACGACAGUUCCAAGCUCAUAAGUGUAUACUUUGUGGAGCAUCAUCCUAUUUCCGCCAAGUUUUUGGAAUACUACCUGAAAAAUUGAACAAUCAAUUGAAAGUUGAGAAACCGUACAGUCGUGUUGACCUGAAUGAUGGCAAAGUGUUAGGAAUAUCUUCUAUUAUAGACCAAAUAGAGGGAGAUGUUAGUAAAUCUAUUGUAUCUAUCAGUGGAAAUAUUUCUAUCAAAAUAUUCAAACAUGUAUUGGAGUUUCUGUAUGCAGGCUUACCACAUUUUGCUGAGAACCUAUCCAGGGACACAUUGCAAGCAUUAAAGAAGGCAGCUGAAAUAUUCCACUUGCCCAGACUAUCAGAAAUCUGUAAAAACAUUGAAAAUGAUGAGGAGUUUUUAAAUCCUAGUAUUGGCACCUAUCUUAAUGAUUGUAUGGGUCAGCAAUUUAAAGAGUUAUUCUUCAAUAAGAAGGUCUUAUCAGAUAUACAGUUUAAUGUGGAAGGUACCACAGUGUAUUCACAUAAAGCAAUAUUGAUUGCAAGAUGUGAUGUAAUGUCAGCCAUGUUUAGUGGACGAUUUGCAGAGAGUUCAAGUAACAAGAUUGAAAUACUGAAUAGCAGACCAGAAUGUUUCCUUGCAUUGAUGGAGUAUCUCUACAGUGACCAUUCACCGAUUGAGGAUAAUGACUCAGUUGGUAUUGUGGUACUAGCCAAUCAGUUUAGUCAAUUGAGACUCAUCAAUUUAUGUGAACUGUACAUCACUAAAGAGAUUGAAAGGUCAACAGCUGCUAACAUCGCAGAGGCUGAUAUUGACGUGAUUGGACUGCUUCAUAGUGCACAGAUUCAUAAUGCUGAUCAGUUGUCUGAUUGGUGUUGUCACUUCAUUUCUACAAACUAUAUGGCAUUUACUCAGCGAACUGAGUUUGCAGAACUUGAUGGCGAUAAUCUUGAUUUUAUAACAAAGAAUCGCUGGCCACCAAUAGAUUAUCUCAAUGAAGUGGAAGAAUAC